AUGUGCAUAACUUUUGUGUACGUUGAGCACAAUCCAGACGCCAAAUAUAAACUGAUCCUGCUAAACAAUCGUGAUGAGUUGCUCAAUCGGCCAACUAGUACCGCCAGAUGGGAAAAUGGCAUCCUUGCCGGACGAGACGAGAGAGAGAGUAUACGCGGAACAUGGUUGUGUAUGAAUGCUAUUGGUAGCAUUAGUAAUUUACUAGCAAUCACCGUACCUAUACAUCAAAUGAAAUCAAGUUCUAUCACUGUCACCAGAGGUGCAUUGCCAGUAGAUUUUGUGAAAUCAAACAAGAAACCGGAAGAAUUUUGCAAAUUGUUGAUCAAUACCGUGAAUAGAUACAAUGCAUUCCAAAUACUUUGUUUCCAAAGAAAUGAAUACGAUCAAUAUGAAGUUGCAGGCCUAACGUACCAGCCAGAUGACAAAAUUGAAGUUACCAGAUACCCUCCAGGUAUUCAUGGUUUUAGCAACAGUCCGUCAUGUGAACCGUUUAAAAAAGUACAACGAGGUAUGGAAAAAGUGAGCGAUAUUAUUGAAGAAAUAAACAGCGAAGAUCUUUCAGAAACAGAAAUUAUCGAACGCCUUCUACAGUUAGCCACUGAUAAAUAUCAGUGUUAUCCUGAUGAUCAAUUAAAGCGUCGUUGUGGCCGAUCUAAUGAGCUUUGUAAAUAUCGUGCCGCUAUUUUCGUGAGGUAUCCCGAUGGGAUUCCUUAUGGCACUAGGUCACAUACGAUUAUUAUUGUGGAUCGUAACAAUCGGGCCACAUAUUAUGAGAAAUCGAUGGAGACAGGAGCGGGAAAAGCGAGCGAAGCGACUUGGAGUGAGAGGAUAUUUCAUUUUGAACUCAUCUGA